GGCUGGGCAGGGCAGAGCGCGGCAAGGCAGCCGUGCGCGCUCGGGGAGAGACGGGGCGGGGCUCCGCGCUUGUUGUUCGUCACUUGGUGCAAAGCCCGAGAGAGUCUCCGGAGAGAACAACGAGCUCAUUCACGUAGUGGCAGCAAGGCGGGCAGCCAAGCCGGGCGAGAAGCGCGCCCCGCCAGCCUGGAUUUUCCUCCUCGCCUUCCAUCCAGCGACAAGCCCUUCCCUGGGAUUUGCAGCCGCGCGUGGCGCACCCUCCCGGCCUCAUGCCGCCGCUUCUCUACCUGUCCCUCCUGCCGGGGCUCGUCCUCGCCUUCAACCUGGACACGGGCAACGUGGUCAUGUGGAGCGGGGACUCCGGAAGCCUCUUCGGCUUCUCCCUGGCGAUGCACCGGCAGCUGCAGCCCGAGGACAAGAGGCUGUUGCUGGUUGGUGCCCCUCGAGAAAGAGCUUUCCCCUCACAGCUAGCCAAUAGAACUGGAGGGUUGUAUAGCUGUGACAUCGCAACUCCGAAUGCGAAAUGCACACGGAUAAAAUUCGAUGAGAAAGCUGAUCUGAGUAAAGAAAGCAAGGAAGACCAAUGGAUGGGUGUUACUGUCCAGAGUCAAGGGCCUGGGGGGAAAGUAGUGACUUGUGCCCAUCGCUAUGAGAAAAGGCAGUACGUCAACACGAUCCAGGAAACCCGAGAUAUCAUUGGAAAGUGCUAUGUGCUGAAUCAGGACCUCUCCAGCAGUGAGGAAAUGGGAGGCGAGGAUUGGAGCUUUUGCGACGGCCGGUUGCGAGGCCACGAGAAGUUUGGCUCCUGCCAGCAAGGCGUAGCUGCCACUUUUACCAGAGAUUAUCAUUAUGUCGUGUUCGGGGCACCGGGCGCUUAUAACUGGAAAGGAGUGGUGCAUGCAGAGCAAAGGAAUCAGUCAUAUUUUGAAAUGGGUAUCUAUGACGAUGGGCCUUACGAAGUUGGCGGGGAGAACCAGCUCGAUGAGAGCCUAGUUCCUGUUCCAUCUAACAGUUACUUAGGUUUUUCUCUGGACUCUGGGAAAGGCAUCACUUCGCAGAACGAGCUCACUUUCGUGUCUGGAGCUCCGAGAGCAAACCACAGUGGAGCGGUUGUCCUUUUGAAAAAAGACACUGUCAUUCAACGGGCAUUGUCUCCCGAGCACACAUUUGAAGGCGAGGGGCUGGCCUCCUCUUUUGGCUAUGACGUGGCCGUUGUAGACCUCAACAGUGACGGUUGGCAAGAUAUUGUUGUUGGAGCGCCACAGUACUUUGACAGGGAAGGAGAAAUUGGCGGUGCUGUGUACAUUUACAUUAAUCAGCAAGGCAAGUGGGAAGGGGUCAAACCAGUUCGGCUCACAGGACCAGCAGACUCCAUGUUUGGAAUCGCAGUCGAAAAUAUUGGUGACAUUAACCAAGAUGGCUUCGAAGAUAUUGCUGUAGGAGCUCCAUAUGACGACUCUGGCAAGGUGUAUAUUUAUCAUGGCUCCAAGAAUGGGAUAAACACAAAACCAGCACAGAUUCUGGAUGGUGGGGCAAACGGAGUCUCGUCCUUUGGUUAUUCUAUCACCGGAAACAUGGACCUUGACAAAAACUCAUAUCCGGAUAUUGCUGUUGGGUCUCUUUCAGAUUCUGUAGCUGUUUACAGAUCGCGGCCUGUGGUGAACGUUAAGAAAACUAUUAAGAUAGAUCCCGGCAGAAUAGACCUAAAGAAAAAGAACUGUGAAGUCCCCAGUGGGAUUUGCGUGAACAUUGAAGCGUGCUUUGAGUAUACAGCUAGUUCCAGUGACUUCAACCCCAAACUAAUUCUGAACUAUACAAUUGAAGUAGAAAAUGAGAGGAGGCGAUUGGGCUGGCUGUCCAGAGUGCAGUUUUCUGAUCGAGUCUCUUCUAGAGGGCAGACUCUUGAGCGACUCUCAGAUCAGUUGAGUGGGAGUGUGACUCUCCAAGGACAGAAGAAAGAAGAGUGUGUGACAAAAAAACUCAUAUUGCAGGAAAAUAUCAAAGAUAAACUGCGUCCAAUUCCUAUAACAGUUGGCGUCGCAAUAAACGGCUCCGAGUCCAGCUCUCAGUCAAGGAGGAGGCAAGGACGGUCGCUCCCAGAACUUCUCCCCAUUCUAAAUUCCAAUGAACCAAGUACAGUUAAUGCGGAAGUGCAGUUCCUGAAAGAAGGUUGUGGAGAAGACAAUAUUUGCCACAGCAACCUGAAGCUUCAUUACAGAUUCUGCACCAAAGAAGGAAAUGAAGACAGAUUUUCCUAUUUACCAAUUAAGAACAACAUUCCAGUGCUUGUCCUCAAAGACCAAAAAGACAUUGCCCUUGAAAUCACAGUGACAAACAGUCCGUCGGACCCGAGAGAUCCUGAGAGAGAUGGCGAAGAUGCCCACGAAGCCAGACUCGUAGCUACCUUUCCAGAUAGCUUGACCUACUCUGCUUUUAGGGAGCUGAAAGAGAAACCAUUGAGCUGUGGGGCUAAUUCAAACGGCUCUCAAGUAGACUGCGAACUUGGAAAUCCUUUCAAGAGAAAUUCUUCCGUUACAUUCUACGUGAUUUUAAGUACAUCUAAAGUUAAUGUCGAUACCAAGGACUUGGACAUUAAUCUGAAAUUGGAAACAACAAGCAAUCAAGUUAAUUUGGAUCCAAUUACCGCUAGUGCUAAAGUAGUUAUUGAACUGCUUUUGACACUCACAGGGGUGGCUAAGCCUGCCCAGGUGUACUUUGGAGGCAAUGUCAUCGGGGAAAGUGCUAUGAAAUCUGAGGAGGACAUCGGCAGCUUAAUAGAAUAUGAAUUCAGAAUAAUUAACUUGGGCAAGCCACUGAAAACAUUUGGCACAGCUUCCUUGGACAUCCUGUGGCCAAAAGAAAUCAAGGGAGGCAAAUGGCUGCUGUAUUUGGUGUCUAUCAACUCCAAAGAGUUAGGAGAAGUCCAGUGCGAACCUCAGAAUGAAAUAAACCCCUUGGGAAUUAAGAUGUCUCGAAGUUCAAGGACAAAACGUCAAGUUGCAGAGAAACAGACAGAGGGUGGCAAAGGCUUUUCUUUGUUUUCAGAAAGAAAAUAUAAGACUUUGCAAUGUAACGGGGAGGCAAACUGUGUCACCAUAAGAUGCCCCCUACAAGGACUGGACAGCAAGGCAUCUGUUGUGUUGCAUUCGAGACUAUGGAAUAGCACUUUUCUAGAGGAAUACUCUAAAAUGAGCUAUCUAGACAUUGUCCUUAGAGCGACCAUCAGCAUUGCUGCGGCAGAUAACAUAAAGCUGGCAAACGAAGCUACUGAUGUGCGGGUGACUGUCUUCCCUGCAAAGACAGUAGCUCUGUAUAAAGGGGUGCCUUGGUGGAUCAUCUUAGUAGCUAUUCUUGCAGGCUUGCUAAUGCUUGCUCUGUUGGUAUUCUUGCUAUGGAAGUGUGGUUUCUUCAAGAGAGAUAAGAAAGAUCAUUAUGAUGCCAAAUAUCACAAGGCUGAAAUCCAUGCUCAGCCAUCUGAUAAAGAGAGGCUUACUUCUGAUGCAUAGUAUUGAUCUACUUCUGUAAUUGUGUGGGUUCUUCCAGCGUUCCAGGUACGAUGACAGCGUCCCACGCUACCACGCUGUAAGAAUUCGGAAAGAGGAGAGGCAGAUCAAAGAAGGAAAAACUAAAGAGAAUUAUGCAAAAAAACAGUGGAUCACGAAAUGGGAUGAAAAUGAAAGCUAUUCCUAGGGAUCACCCCUGAACUGAAGGCUUAUUUUAAAAAAAAAUGUGUAUUUGAUUCACAUGAUGGAAGGAUGGAAGUCCUAUGUACAGAAACAGCUGCCUUUUAAAAAAAUAUUGUUACUUCUAUAUGAAAGCAUUUUUUGUUUUACAGACCUAACUUUUAAGACUGCUUAAACCAAUCUACAUGCCUUAUCUAAAAUGUCCAAUGUUCAAAAGCCAUUUCAGUUUUAAUCCAAACUAUCAGGCAGGAAAGGAAGAUGGGAGAGCCUUUAGAGCAAAUAUAAUCUCAGGCUGCUCUGUCUCUUUGUCAAAUGGUUGAGCCAAUUGUGUGGGAGAGGCGUUUGUCUGAGAGCUAAAUAGAGAUGAAGUAACCUGAGAUAUGUGGCUUAUUAGAACUCUCCUGCGAGGAUUUGAAGUGUGCAUUAGUUUGAACUGCAUGUUCGUUCCUGUCUCAACCUGGCUAACCUUUCCCUGUUUUUUUGCAUACCUGAGCAGCUAACCUAGAUCCCCAACCUCACUUGGAUGAAAGAUACUAUGAUCAUUUCCCUAAACAUGGGUGCUCUUUUAACAUUUCAGUUUGUUGGUCUUUUGUUAUUUAAAUCUGUGUCUUGGUGGAAGGGGAUAUCGCCUUGCAUGGAAUGCAACGGUCACUUUUUUUUGCGAGGAGAGUCCGGCCACAGAACACUACGCAGACACAUAUAUGGUAUGAGACUUGAGUGUGACAGAGUGGUACCUCUCCCAUUUGUGGUUGCAACUUCCCAGUGGUAGCAAGCCAAGCAUUAACUUUGGAACAUGCUUUAUAUUUCCUGUUUUUUAGGGACAUCCCAGCCCCGCCCCCCCUGCCCCCCCCCAAAACCUGGAAUAUACUUUCCUUUAAUCACAUGCAUAUGGAAGCUGGUUGUAAGUAUUCACUUGCGAAAGACACUCUGCAAAUGGUCGCAAGUUUAUUCCUUCCCAUUUCUAGGAUUAAGCCAUGGCACUGAAAAUAGGUUGUCAACUUUAGUGGGAGUCUGCUAAAAUCAAACCUUUCACUUUGCCCAUGUAAGUGAAGUAACGGGUUCUUUCAUUUUGGGGGAAAUGCUUGGAUUUUGAAAGGCUUUUUUGUUUUGUGAAAAAACAAAACAAAACCCCGCAUGCAACAGAAGCAAACGUUUCCCGACAUUUUGUAAAGCUUUCGUGCAUUUGGUUGGUUGUUGGGUUCAUUUGUUUUUUUGUUUCUGCCAAUACAUGUGUAUGUGUUCUUGUAAAAAAAAAGUAUGCAUUCAAGAACCAAUGCAAAUUGGUGUGGCUAAAUUUCUAAAGGAGAGGUGAAGCUUAGCUUUGUCUGGAAGUCAUAUUCACGUGGAAGCCAUUCCUUCUGUCUAUGAAUAUAUGGAGAAUAGGGGAUGUUUCUCAGUAGUGAGAGCGUGGCACUUUGCAUGAAUUUAAAUAGGGGUUGCCAUAUUACCCAAAGCUGGGUUUUUUAGCAUUUUUUUUAAGCCCUGCUUGCCAUAUGUCCAGGUUUUCCCGAUUCGUUUUGGAAAAAUCCACCCUGACUCCAUUUUGCAACCCGAUUCCUGCAUGUGUCUAGGAAAACGCGGACAUAUGGCAGCCCUAAUUUAAAGGCACUCUUUCCUUUAACUACUGUACUGAUUCUAUUGUGGCAAAGGGAGGGGAGUUUUAAAGCUACUGCCCUGCCACCCCAAAAAAUUACCACCCGCCCACAUACAUAGCGGCAUCGACAUGUGUACUUCAAGUAAAUUUGAAAACAGUGCAAUCGUAUACACGUCUACUCAGGAGCAGGUCCUGUCGAGUUCCAUGGGUCUUACUCCUAAAUAAGCAUCUAUACGAUUGCGCCCUAAAUCUGCUAAUUCCUUGUCCUAACUCUUGUGCACAGCCAGUGGAAGCCAGCAUAAUCUUAAAACGUGCAAUAGGCCAUGUUUCAAUCAUGCUUUUUAAAGAUCACUUUGUGUGCCCCUGUUGCUCACACCAAAUAUAUACAGGUUUGUUUUUAAAAGCUUGAAUAUUGGUUGUACUUUUUGUAUAUACUGUAAGUCAUUCCUAUAUAUUUAUUUUUACCAUAAAUCUUUGUCUUUGACUUACUUUGUCUUUGACUUGGCUUAACUUACUGUUAAGCCAAAGAUUUUUUUUUAAAUGAACUUUAAAUAUAGUGAGCAAUAGUGUGUAAAGAGUUCAGGGUUUAAGACCGAACACUUUCCACCAGAUGUGCCAAUUCUUAAACCUUUGGAUACCAACGACUAAAACAUUCUUGUAAAAUCUUCUUUAUACAUAUUUAUGAUUGUGUAAUAGAGGAAGUAUUGUAUCUUCUGAAUAAUUUGUGCACUAAUGCAUACCUGCAGAUGUUUUAUCUAUAGAAAUUUUAUAUGACUAACUUAUGUGGCAAGUGUUCCAUGGGGGGGUGGGGGCGAGGGGGGAGGUUUUCUAGCUCUGUAUUUGCAACAAGAUCAACUACUGCAAAUGUUAUCGCACUUGAAACAAAGGAUAAGCUAUGAAUAAAUUUAACUAUGGAUCUUCACCGGUCCAAUUUAAGACUACUGAGUAAAUCUCCUAAAUACUUAUGGUAAAUUUUGAUUUUAAGAAUAGUUCCAUACAGUUUGAUACUUGUGAUUGUAACCAAGGUAUUUGCUGUUUUUUUUUAAGCUACAUCUCUAUAUAAACUAAAAAAAGCCCUCAUUGGUACUGAUUAAGCAAGGAUAAUAAAUGUGCUGUAACAUUUACUAUAUAUGAAAUAUCAACAGAAGCUUUAGUAUGUGCAGAUAGUUUGAGAUUGGGUGAAAACUAUGCAAACUUUUAAAUAUUUAUCAUCAGGAACCACUCUAUAUGCCUUACAGUUACACUACAAAAUAAAUAAAUAAAAAUAAAUCACUAGCUGAUGCCGAGUGUCCUUUCCAAGGCUGUCAAGUUCAACUUCUUUCAUUCCACCUUGAUCUGGGAUCACUCAGUCACUAGAGCCAGAGACCCUUAAUCUCUACAGUCGUGGGUUCAAGACUCAUGUUGGGCAAAAGAUUUCUGCACUGUUGCAGGGAGUGGGGCAAAAUGACCCUUGUGGUCUCUUUCCAACUCAAGGCUUCAUAGAAUCAUAGUCUUCGGACCAACCAAAAAGAAAAAAGAAAAAAAAUCUCUCACCACACAGUUUAUAUUUUAAAAGUGUUAUUUUUUCCCAAAGGCCUUUUUAAAAAAAAUAAAUAUUUAAACUUAUUAUUGCCAAGCUUCAUUUACCAACUAUGGUGCCUCGCAACGUAUUCCACCAAAUACUGCUGCUUUGUAUCCCACUCAGCUAAACAGCUUGUCUCCUACAAGAGCCUCAUAGCAGCAUAUUAUUGGGUGCAGCACAUCUUAAAUCAUCAUCAUUCAGGAUCCCACAGCUAUGGGCUUUGAAACUUGAAAAGGCAGAACUUUAAAACACUACUGCAUCUUCUCAUUAAAAAAACCAACACAAUUGUAAUUCUGGUGCCUUGUCGGAAAAAAGUGGGGGCAAAUCCAUAGGCAAUGCUAAAUUAGGGCUGGUCUUUAUACUAAAGUGUCCUCUCAAGUCACGUCACUGGUAUAUAUAUUCGUUUUAUACACUGACUGUCGCUAACAUCAAAUGUUAAAUCACGGCUAAAAAUCACCUGUGGAUAUUUGUAUAAAAAGUGUGAAAUAAAUUUUGUAUGAAAAGCUC